AUGCGCCUCAUCACCCAGAUUGUGGCACUUAGCCGCAAGAAUGCGCUGGUGUUCAUCCGGCGCUCAUGGACGACCUACUUCACCUGCCUCAUCCUGCCCAUUCUUUGGUCCGUCUACGUGGCCCAGUCAAAGGAGAACUGGUACGACGGCUCGGUAUACGGUGAUGGGCACAUUGGCGCUCUGCGCUCCCUCCCGAACGACCUGAAGGACAACACUCUCGUGUAUGUCGACGAGACCUCCGGCGCGGGCUCAUCCCUCCUCGCACGCGCGCUGCAGGGCGCGGGGGUCUCGAGUACCGCCAAGAUCAAGCAAGUCGCUACUGUGGCAGACAUCGGUCCCGAAUGCCCCGAGGGCAUGUCGCAGGUAUCGUCCUGCUUCGCCGCGGUCGUCUUCCACGCCCUCGACGCCUCGGCCCAGACUCUCAACUACACGAUCAAGACGGAUACGGGCCUGAGUCUCAUUGACGUCGACGAACCCAAGAACGACGUGCAGCAGGAACGCCUGAUGCCGCUGCAGUGGGCGCUCGAGUCCACGUUUGUCGCGGACAUGACGGGCAGCAAGCCAUCCGCGCCCCAGGUGUGGGAGUACACCAAUCUCUCCAUGGCCGACUACAAGGACAAGAUCCGCAUCGACUUUCUCAAGGCUACCCGCGACGUGGUUGCCAUUGUUCUGAUCGUGCAGUUCCUUUUCGUUGCCUACCAGUUGCCCGGGCGCAUGACUACCGAGCGCGCCAUCGGCCUCUCAGAACACCUCGACGUCAUGGGCUGCAGCACCCUGGCACGAGUACUGAGCUGGCACGCGUGCAUGAGCCUCGUCUUCAUGGCCAGCUGGGUACUGUACGGCGUCAUUCUCGGUCUGCUGGUGUACAAGCACACGAGUCUCGGCAUUAUGAUCCUGGGGUGCGUGUUCGCGGGUCUCUCGACCGCGAGCUGGAGCUUCCUCGUCGCAGUCCCAUUCGAGAAGAUGCCGACUCUCGCGGCCAUAACGAGCAUGCUUCUCUGUCUUCUCUGCGCCGUAUUUGGCCGGCUCGUGGGCUCCAACGUCGGCGGCCAGGUUGCCGCCGUGCUCUUUCUCCCGCCUAGCUUCUUCGUCAUUCUCAUGCGCGCCGCGGCGAGCUUCGAGAUCCACCACCUCAACACGAGCGUCACAGCGCGCAGCCCCGAUGGCGACGCGCCCAUCAUCGCCCUCUUCGUCCUCGCCCUGCUUACCGUGUUCAUCUACCCUGCGCUCAGUGUGUGGCUCGAACGUGCCCUCUACGGCCUCGGACCGGCGCACCGCGGUCUCUUCCACAGGCGUAGGCAGGAGCAUCUCCCCUCGGGCGUAGCUGUGCGCGUCAACCAUAUCCGCAAAACCUACCGUUCCCGCAGCCACGUCCUCUUUGGCAAACUCCGCGAAACGACCGCUAUAAACGACCUCUCCUUCGACGUCCAGAAGGGCGACGUAUUCUGCCUCCUGGGCCGGAACGGGAGUGCCAAGUCGACGACGCUCAGCGCCAUCGCGGGACUCAUCGACGUCGACUCGGGCAGUGUGGGAUACUCCCCCGACCUCCGGCUCGGUAUCGCGGGACAGAAGAAUGUUCUCUGGGACGAACUGACGCCACUCGACCACGUUCGUCUCUGGCGCGCAAUCAAGGGCGGCGGCGGGCGCUCCGACCCCGAGGCUGAUGAGGCGCUGUUGCGCCGCUGCGACCUGGACGCCAAGAUGCGCACGUUUGCGCGCAACUUGUCGGGUGGACAGAAACGCAAGCUCCAGCUCGCCUGUGCUCUGGCUGGCGGCUCGGACCUCAUUCUACUGGACGAAGUGUCCAGUGGCCUGGACCCGCUCUCGCGCCGCGCGAUCUGGAACGUUGUCGCCAACCACCGCGGCAACGCCACCAUGAUCCUGAGCACACACUAUCUCGACGAAGCCGACUAUCUCGGAGACAGCAUUGCGAUCCUUGAGGCUCCCGGCCGCUUACUCGCAGCCGGGGGGCCGACGGAACUGAAGCGCGUCUUCGGGCACGGGUACACUGUGCUCGUUGAUUCUGGGGCCGAUGUUGGAGACGAACUGCGCGCUCUUGUCGCCACGCUCUCCGAGCGGAGCGGGAAGAACGCACGCGUGUUCCACACCAACUCGCCCGACGUCGCCGAUGUCGGCAAGGUCGUGCGGUAUCUUGAGCAGAAGGGUGUGCCCUACACUGUGAACAGCACUACGCUCGAAGAGGUCUUCCUCGACCUGAACGCGCCGACGCGAACUCCGUGCACCCCAGGCUCUCCUGGCAAGUAUGAGGGCUUCGCGAGCUUGUCCGAGAUCAACUCUGAGAAAUCUUGGGAGGUCGCCGCCCCCACACUGACGGGCACGUCGGAGGCGGACGAGGCAGCUCUUCCGGAGCUGAAGGAUGGUGCGCCCCUGACACUCACGCCCGGCAGCCAUCGGUGGUGGGUUGACGGAUUCGCCAUGGUUGGCACGAUCGUGUGGAAGCGGUGGCUCGUACUGCGGCGCGCCUGGUUCGUGCCCCUCUGCGCCGUCGUGGCCGUCAUGCUGGCUGGCACGAUCCCGCUCUUCUUCCUGAAGGGCCGGAACGCGUCCUGCGACCUCGUCGUCAACACCGAGCUCUUCCUGCCCCUGUCUUAUCCCCAGUUGCACGGCAACUGGACCCCGCCGUUCAUGCACGUCGACACUUUCCUCAACCCUUGGGCAGACACCUUCAACGGUACCCGCGUUAACAGCGAGAGCGCAUGGCUCGACACGUGGAAGACUCAGCGCAGGGAACAGACCUACGGCGGCCUAAACAGCGACGAGCAGCAGAUCGUCGCCUUUGAGGGCAAGACGGAGGACGGAGCGUUCAAGGGACUCUCUCUGCUGAACAUGUACUCCAACAGCGCGCUGUACCGCUCCUCGCCGGCCUCUGGCGAAGCCGAGGCAUUCCGCAUCAACGUCAACUUCCAGUACCUCCCUUCGCCCAACUUCAGCAACCUCGGCAAGGGCAUGAUCUACAUGGUCUUCUUCAGCGUUGCGAUGGCGGUCUGGCCCGCGUUCGCAAUGCUGUACCCGGCCAGUGAGAAGGCGCACCUGGUGCGCGAGAACCAGUACAGCAACGGUGCCCGUCCCUCGGCUCUGUGGGCGGGUCACGUCCUCUCCGAGGUGCCGGGCAUUCUGCUCGUGUCCUCCUUCAUUGCCAUUGUGUGCGCGGCAGCGACGGACCAGUUCCACGCCAUGGCGCUCUUCUGGCUCUGCAUGGUCAUCUACGGUAUCAGCGCGACGCUGUGGGGCUACCUCCUCACGCUGCGCGCGCGCACCCCCGUCGCCGCCUUCGCAGUCUACGUCACGUUCAACCUGUUCGUGUUCCUCGUCGUGUUCAGCAUCUACUCGGUCAUCCUCGGCACCGACAAGAGCGACAAGGCAAACGAGCACCUGCACCUCGCUAACCUGGGCUCUGCGUGGCUCGCGCCCCACGCGAGUAUCGUGCGAGCCGUCGUGAUCAGCCUCAACCUCUUCGGCCUCCUCUGCGAUGGGCGCGGACAUAGGUCCAACGUCGCCUACGGCGACAUGGAGCUCUACGGCGCCCCGCUGGUGUACAUGUCGGCGCAGGGUGUGCUUGCCUUCCUCCUGCUCGUGUGGAUCGACAGCGGGCGUCCGUGGCUCUGGCACCACUCCCGCACCAAGCCCGUCAAGGGGAUUGCGCCGGCGCGCAUGUCGCCCGAUGUGGCCGCCGAGGCAGCCCGCAUUCGCGCCGGGUGCAGCGACACGCUCGUCGUGAAGGACCUGACCAAGGUCUUCCACAAGGGUCGGCACGGGAAGAAGAAUGGCGCCAAGGCUCAGCUCGUCGCGGUGCGCGAGGUAUCCUUCGGCGUUGAAGCUGGGGAGCUCUUCGCCCUCAUCGGACCCAAUGGGGCGGGCAAGACGACCACGUUGGCGCUCAUCCGCGGCCUCGAGGCGCCGGACCGCGGAGACGUGCGUGUCGACGGCCGCUCCAUCCGUGGCUCGCGCAACCGCGCUCGUGCAGCGCUCGGUGUUUGUCCGCAAGUCAACGCGAUCGACCCCUGCCUCACUGUCUCGCAGCACCUCUGGCUUUACGCGCGCCUCAAGGGCGUGCCACGGCACGCGGUGCCGAGGGACAUCGAGCUGCUCCUCCGCGUCACGGGGCUGACGCCGAAACGCGACGCGCUCGCCAGCACACUCUCGGGCGGAAACCAGCGCAAGCUUCUGCUGGCCAUGGCGCUGAUUGGCGACCGGCAGGUGGUGCUCAUUGACGAGUUCAGCAGCGGCGUCGACGCCUUCAGCCAGCGCGAGGCCUGGGAAGUCCUCGCCGCCCUAACCCGCGAUCGCGCCGUGGUCAUGACGACGCACUCGAUGGAGGAAGUCGACGCCCUCGCGACACGGAUCGGAAUCAUCGCAACGCAGCUGCUGAGUGUCGGCACACCGAGGCAGCUCAAGGAGCAGUUCCCCCACUACGAGGUGCAGCUGCCUGCGCGCGAUGUCGAUCAAUGCCUGCAUUACCUCCAGAACCACGGGUUCCCCGACGCAUACCCCUCCCCUGGCACCACGACGCGUAUCUCCGUCCCCUCGCCGAGCGUCCUCGCGUUGCUCGGCACGCUCGAGCGCAUCCAGGCCCGCGGCGUCGCGUCGCGCAACAUGAGUCUUUCGGAGGCAUCGACCGAGACGGCCUUCGUCGAGAUCGUGAGCGAGCACCAGAACAAGGAAAGCGAAGAUGAGCGUCCCCGUCCCAGGAAGUGGUACAAGUGUGGUCUGCGCGGUCGCUAA